AUCAGGACAUCCAAUCUAAAAGUGUUUUAUCUUAAGCGUAACUGUUAUAUUUUUAAUGAAUGUUAACAAAGAAAAGUUAUUCUUAAAAUUACAAAAUAACAACCCGGGCUUUUCGGAAUUGAGGGCCUUUUUUGACACAACGGAACGGUUUUUUGGCCAAACAGAAUUUCAUUCCGGCGUUUUUUUCCCUAUGCACCACGCAUACUUCACUCUCGGGAGCGCGGAUUAUUUUCACCAAGUGUUUUGGUCCACUGUGACCAAUUUCUGUGAUCGCACAGCUCGGUGAUCGAGCUCAUCAUGUCGGACACAUGGAGUAACAUUCAGGCCCAUAAGAAGCAGCUGGACUCGCUGCGGGAAAGGCUGAAGCGACGGCGGAAGGACCCGGCGCAGCUGUCCGGGACGGACGGCGGGCUCAGCGCUGAGGGUUCCACAGCCAGGAGCGACAGCCCAGCUCCAUCAGCUCCCUCUACUUCUAAGGGGGAGACGGAGCAGCCACCGGACCCUGAGCUGGAGAAGAGGCUGCUGGGAUAUCUCUCCGAUCUGAGCCUCUCGCUGCCCACAGACUCGCUGGCCAUCACAAAUCAGCUCAACAGUGCGGAAGGUACGGUUACUCACGGAUGCAUCCAGAGCCUGCUGCUCAAGUUCUCCGCCCAGGAGCUCAUCGAGGUCCGGCAGCCUACCUCCAUCUCCUCCUCUUCCACGACUUCUUCUCCGCCCACCACCGUCGUCGUAGCCGUGGACCACACAAAGCUGUGGGCCAUGAUCGGCUCUGUGUCCGGAGCCCAAAGAGCCGGGGUCAAGAGAAAAGCCGAAGACCAGACCCUCGGCGGCUUUUCGCCUAAACUUCAGAGCUCCGCGUCUCCUCCUCACGCGUCCUCCUCCUCCAUUACGCCGGCUUCCUCCCUGCAGCUGGCGGGAUCUUCAGCGGCAGGAAGCGCUGCCGAGAAGAAGGGCCGCAGCAGCAAGAGCCAGUCGUCUCACGUGGACAUGGAGAUCGAGAGUCUCCUGAACCAGCAGUCCACCAAGGAGCAGCAGAGCAAGAAGAUGAGUCAGGAGAUCCUGGAGCUCCUUAAUGCCAGCACAGCCAAGGAGCAGUCCAUCGUGGAGAAGUUCAGGUCUCGUGGUCGAGCUCAGGUCCAGGAGUUCUGCGAUCACGGGACAAAAGAGGAGUGCGUCCGCUCAGGAGACACACCACAGCCCUGCACUAAGCUCCAUUUCCGGUAGGUUGUUUACGCCUUC